AUGGCUGCUAGGACCACCCUCACUUAUAGUAAUUACACGGUCGGAUGGGUAUGCGCCCUACCGCUGGAAAUGGCGGCUGCGAAGCUGAUGUUGGACGCAUUACAUCCCAGCCUGCCUAGUCUACCAACCGAUCAAAACAACUAUAUCCUUGGCAAUAUCGGGGAACACAACAUCGUUAUUGCCUGCCUACCAGAUGGCGCAUACGGCACUGUGUCAGCUGCAACAGUGGCUAUACAGUUGCUCUCGAGUUUCCACUCUAUCCGUUUCGGUCUAAUGGUCGGUAUUGGUGGCGGUGUACCUAGCAGCAACGCAGACAUUCGACUAGGCGAUAUUAUGGUGAGCCAGCCAAGGGACACAUCUGGAGGCGUGAUCCAAUACGAUCUUGGGAAAAUGUUACACGACGAAGAUAGUCGGGUUCAUCAAUUUAUUUCAGACAUCGAUAUCAAGACGCCAUGGCGUAAAGCCGUGAAUUUCACUCGGCCUAUCCAAGAGGAUUGUUUAUACCAAGCGGAAUAUGAUCAUGACCAUGAUGAGCCAGUUAUUCAUUAUGGUCUCAUUGCAUCUGCGAACCAGGUGGUGAAAGAUGGUAGACGGCGAGACCAACUGGCUCAGGACUUAGGUGUAUACUAUGUGGAAAUGGAAGCUGCGGGGCUCAUGAAUGAUUUUCCAUGUGUGGUCAUUCGAGGUAUAUGUGACUAUGCCGACUCCCAUAAGAAUAAGGAAUGGCAAGGGUAUGCGGCGACAGCGGCGGCAGCCUAUGCGAAAGAGCUGCUUUCGGUGGUUCCAAUCAAUCAGAUUGAUGACACCCCUCUAGCACGAGAUACUCUGGCAGACUCUGUUGAUCGGUUCCGAAUACCUCUAGAUCUCACUACUGUGCCUCAGUAUUUCAAGCCGGCGGACCUCCGACGAAAGGUCGCGAUUCUUCAUAGGCUUGGUGGAAUCGGAAAAACGCAGCUGGCAGUUCAAUUCGCACAAGAACAUAAACAUGAUUUCACAGCUAUUUUUUGGCUGAGUGGCAAAGACCGAGGCACACUCCUACAAUCAAUUAGCUCUGUCUUGCCUCGGCUACCCGGGCAAUCGCAUACUAAUGAGGCAAUCGGUGACGAGGAGCUAGAACAACGAGCUAGACGAGUAUUGAAGUGGCUAGCGAGUGACGGUAAUUCUCACUGGUUGAUCGUUUUUGAUAAUAUUGAUCAAUACUCUCCGAUCGAUAGCGGGAUUGGGAAUGCGUAUGAUAUUGGAAAGUUCUUUCCCGCAGCAGAUCAUGGGUCAAUUCUUAUCACCUCUCGACUUCCAGCGCUCACUGAUCUAGGACAAUCUAUGCCAAUCCACAAACUUGACUCAAUGGAAUCAAUUCAGCUUCUCUUAAAGAACAGCGGCUUAUCGGAUAGUAAUAACAUUGAGAAGCCUGACGGUAAUUUAGAUACUCUUGCCCUUGCCGAGCGUCUUGAUGGAUUGCCAUUAGCGAUUGUCAUCGCUGCGGCAUUUAUGCGUCAGACUGGCACCAGCAUCGCUCAGUACUUAGAAUACUAUCAACAAUCAUGGUCUGAUCUUCAGUCACAAUCAAGCCCUAUGCGUCAUUAUCUACAAGGAAACAUGCUACAGACAUGGAUGAUAUCAUACCGUGAGAUCCAAAAUCGAGCCCCAAACGCAGCAGAGCUUCUCCUACUACUUGCCCGCUUCGAUAAUCGGGACAUCUGGUAUGAGUUAGUGCAAAAUGCUUCCAAUAGCCCCGAUGUUCCAGGCUGGCUUGAAGAAACAAUAUCAAGCGGACUUACCUUCAAAAAUUGUGUAAAGCCCCUGAUUGGGUUCUCUCUUCUUGAGACCAAACAACAAGAAGGGAGCUAUGCAAUGCAUCCCGUGGUACAGGACUGGUGCUUUCAUAUUACCAGCACCAAAAAGAAUGUGGCUCCUAGCCAGCUCUGUGAACUGGCACUGAUAUCAGUCGGAUGGGCAGUUCCUAGUGCAAGCGAAAGGAAUUAUUCAAAGUGUCAGCGACGGCUUAUUCCACAUGCAAAUUUCGUUCUUCGUGGCGAAUUCUAUGGUGAGAAUGUGAGUAUAUGGGGGGCAUGUCAUGGGCUAGGGGAUCUCUACUCUGAUCAGGGCAAGCUCAAGGAGGCAGAGGAGAUGUACCAGCGAGCACUGGCAGGCUAUGAGAAAGCCCUAGGUCCAGAUCAUACAUCUACUCUCGAUUCAGUUCACUGCUUCGGUAUUCUCUACUGGAAUCAGGGCAAGCUCAAGGAGGCAGAGGAGAUGUACCAGCGAGCACUGGCAGGCUAUGAGAAAGCCCUAGGUCCAGAUCAUACAUCCACUCUCGAUACUGUGAACAACCUUGGGGCUCUCUACAAAGAUCAGGGCAAGCUCAAGGAGGCAGAGGAGAUGUACCAGCGAGCACUGGCAGGCCGUGAGAAAGCCCUAGGUCCAGAUCAUACAUCCACUCUCGAGACUGUGAACAACCUUGGGGCUCUCUACUAUUCUCAGGGCAAGCUCAAGGAGGCAGAGGAGAUGUACCAGCGAGCACUGGCAGGCUAUGAGAAAGCCCUAGGUCCAGAUCAUACAUCCACUCUCGAUACUGUGAACAACCUUGGGGCUCUCUACUAUUCUCAGGGCAAGCUCAAGGAGGCAGAGGAGAUGUACCAGCGAGCACUGGCAGGCCGUGAGAAAGCCCUAGGUCCAGAUCAUACAUCCACUCUCAUGACUGUGAACAACCUUGGUCUUCUCUACUCUGAUCAGGACAAGCUCAAGGAAGCAGAGGAGAUGUACCAGCGAGCACUGGGCAAGCUCAAGGAGGCAGAGGAGAUGUACCAGCGAGCACUGGCAGGCCGUGAGAAAGCCCUAGGUCCAGAUCAUACAUCCACUCUUACCACUGUGAACAACCUUGGUCUUCUCUACAAAAACCAGGGCAAGCUGAAGGAAGCAGAGGAGAUGUACCAGCGAGCACUGGCAGGCCGUGAGAAAGCCCUAGGUCCAGAUCAUACAUCCACUCUGGAUACUGUGAACAACCUUGGGAUUCUCUACUACAAUCAGGGCAAGCUCAAGGAGGCCGAGGAGAUGUACCAGCGAGCACUGGCAGGCCGUGAGAAAGCCCUAGGUCCAGAUCAUACAUCCACUCUCGAUACUGUGAACAACCUUGAAAUUCUCUACAGAGAGAAAGAGCAGCUGAAAGACGAAGAGAAUUCGUGCCAGGGCCCAGGGAGACUUGCCAGACAGUCAAAAGGCCCCACGUCGUAA